UUAAUUCAAUUCUUCUGAGAUCACUAGUUUUAAUUAAUGGCGUCCCUUGCUUCCCGCUUGCAGCACUCUGUCACUCCCAAUGCCCUCAGAUCCUAUCUCGCUGAGUUUCUCUCCACUUUCUUUUUCGUCUUUGCCGCUGCAGGCGCUGCCAUGUCCACCAGGAAAAUGGUGCCUGAUGCGACAUCAGAUCCAUCUAGCCUAGUGGCAAUUGCAGUUGCAAAUGCAUUUGCUUUGUCCGUCGCUGUGUAUAUAUCAGCCAAUAUCUCUGGAGGACACGUGAAUCCCGCUGUCACGUUUGGAAUGGCUGUAGGAGGCCAUAUAAGUAUUCCCAUGUCUAUAUUCUACUGGAUUUCUCAAAUGAUUGGUUCUGUCACCGCUUGCCUUCUUCUCAAAUUCACUAAUCAGCAAGUUCCAACACAUGGAAUUCCACAAGAGAUGACUGGUUUUGGAGCAGCAGUACUCGAAGGCGUGAUGACAUUUGGUCUAGUGUACACAGUUUAUGCAGCUGCUGAUCCUAGGAGGUGCGUCCACGCAGCAAUUGGGCCGUUGGCAAUUGGCCUGAUGCUGGGAGCAAACGUCAUGGCUUCAGGGCCAUUUACUGGGGGAUCAAUGAACCCUGCUUACUCAUUUGGCUCUGCUGUUGUUAAAGGGAGCUUCAGGAAUCAAGCAGUGUACUGGAUUGGACCUUUCAUUGGUGCAGCUAUAGCAGGACUUGUGUAUGAUAAUGUGGUCUUCCCUUUACAAGUGACUGAGUCUUUGAGGGGAAUAGGUGGUGGAAUUGUUACUGUUUAAGUGCU